CUCCCUCUCUACGCUUCAAUCCUACUACUAAAUUCUCUCUCUCGCUCCAACGACGAUGCAGCAACGACGGGCGCAUGAAUCUAUUGGCUGUCAAUAUCGCAAGUCUGAUACCGUACCGCGAGUACAAUUUCUUUAAUAACCAUGAACGGAAGUUGCCGGUGCUUGGCCGUCGUCAGUCCACCAUGAAUGGGAGUCGCCGCGAUUUGGGAAAUUUGCCAGGGUCAGGAGAGCUAGCGUUCCUCCGAAACCACUCUGCUUUUUCUCUCAGGUGAGGGUUGAGCACUAUGGAAGGAGACACAGAUGAUUGAGGAAGUGUGAAGCUAAGGGAAGUUGUGUUUAUGGUUGCUUUUUAAGGACCGGUAAUAGAUAGCAAUGGGGUGGUUUAGAGCUGGAUCUAGUCUUGCAAAGCUUGCAAUAAGGAGAACUCUUUCACAGGGUGGAUCCCAUGCUUCAAGAACGCGCCUCAUUCCUGCUCAAAAUCAUUACUUUCACACUACUGCUUUCAAAUCUAAGGCACAAGCGGCACCUGUCCCUCGCCCUGUGCCGCUCUCUAAGUUAACUGAUAAUUUCUUAGAUGGGACAAGCAGUGUUUACCUAGAAGAACUCCAAAGGGCUUGGGAAGAAGACCCAAGUAGCAUUGAUGAAUCGUGGGAUAAUUUUUUUAGAAACUUUGUUGGCCAGGCAGCCACAUCGCCUGGAAUUUCAGGCCAAACCAUUCAAGAGAGCAUGAGAUUGUUGUUGCUCGUCAGGGCUUACCAGGUAACUGGUCACAUGAAAGCCAAGUUGGACCCAUUGGGUUUGGAGCAGAGGGAAGUUCCUGAUGACUUGGAUCCGGCUCUUUAUGGCUUCACGGAAGCUGAUCUUGAUAGGGAGUUUUUCCUAGGUGUAUGGAGGAUGUCUGGGUUUUUGUCUGAAAACCGUCCAGUGCAAACCCUUAGAGCGAUUUUGACUAGGCUUGAGCAGGCUUAUUGUGGAACCAUUGGUUACGAAUACAUGCACAUUGCCAAUCGGGACAAAUGUAACUGGUUAAGGGAAAAAAUUGAGACCCCAACACCAAUGCAGUACAAUAGGCAGCGUCGUGAGGUUAUGCUUGAUAGACUCAUUUGGAGCACACAGUUUGAGAACUUUUUGGCUACCAAGUGGACUGCAGCAAAGAGGUUUGGUCUUGAAGGUGGCGAGACUUUGAUUCCAGGCAUGAAGGAGAUGUUUGACAGGUCAGCUGACCUAGGGGUUGAGAGUAUUGUUAUUGGGAUGUCUCACAGAGGAAGAUUAAAUGUUUUGGGUAAUGUUGUUCGGAAGCCAUUACGACAGAUCUUUAGUGAGUUCAGCGGUGGAACGAGGCCUGUUGAAGAAGUUGGGCUUUAUACAGGAACUGGCGAUGUCAAAUAUCACUUGGGGACUUCUUAUGAUAGGCCAACUAGGGGUGGGAAGAGAAUUCACUUGUCUUUGGUUGCAAAUCCAAGUCACUUGGAAGCUGUAGAUCCAGUUGUUGUAGGGAAAACAAGGGCGAAACAAUAUUACUCCCAUGAUGUGCGUAGGACCAAGAAUAUGGGCGUAUUAAUCCAUGGGGAUGGUAGCUUUGCGGGACAAGGUGUAGUAUAUGAGACCCUUCAUCUUAGUGCACUUCCGAAUUACACUACGGGGGGUACAAUACACAUUGUGGUGAACAAUCAAGUUGCCUUCACAACGGAUCCAAGGGCUGGACGAUCUUCACAGUAUUGUACUGAUGUUGCCAAAGCCUUGGAUGCCCCCAUCUUUCACGUCAACGGUGAUGAUUUGGAGGCAGUUGUUCAUGUUUGUGAACUUGCAGCAGAGUGGCGACAGACUUUUCAUUCGGAUGUUGUGGUUGAUAUAGUGUGUUACCGUAGAUUUGGGCACAAUGAGAUUGAUGAGCCGUCUUUUACACAGCCCAAAAUGUACAAGGUCAUCCAGAAUCACCCCUCAGCGCUGGAAAUUUACCAAAAGAAACUUUUUGAGUCUGGUCAGGUGACAAAGGAAGACAUUGAGAAGAUAAAUAACAAGGUCAGUUCAAUCCUUAAUGAAGAAUUCUUGGCCAGCAAAGAUUAUGUCCCAAAGAGAAGGGACUGGCUUUCGGCGUAUUGGUCGGGAUUCAAGUCCCCAGAACAGAUUUCACGUGUCCGAAAUACUGGCGUCAAGCCAGAGAUUUUGAACAGUGUUGGCAAAGCAAUCACAACCCUCCCAGAUAAUUUUAGGCCUCAUAGAGCAGUGAAGAAGAUUUUUGGAGAGCGGGCAAAGAUGAUCGAAACCGGGGAGGGCGUCGAUUGGGCACUUGCUGAAGCACUUGCUUUUGCUACAUUGGUUGUAGAAGGUAAUCAUGUGAGGUUGAGUGGUCAGGAUGUUGAGAGAGGUACUUUUAGUCACAGGCAUGCUGUACUUCAUGAUCAGGAAACUGGGGAGAAGUACUGUCCUUUAGAUCAUGUUAUCAUGAACCAAGAUGAGGAGAUGUUUACAGUUAGCAACAGCUCUCUUUCUGAGUUUGGUGUUGUGGGAUUUGAAUUGGGUUAUUCCAUGGAAAAUCCAAAUGCAUUGGUGUUAUGGGAAGCACAAUUUGGUGAUUUUGCAAAUGGAGCUCAGGUGAUUUUCGAUCAGUUUUUGAGUAGCGGGGAGUCGAAGUGGUUGCGCCAAACUGGGCUUGUUGUCCUGCUACCUCAUGGUUAUGAUGGCCAAGGGCCUGAACAUUCAAGUGCACGCUUGGAGCGGUUCCUUCAGAUGAGUGAUGAUAAUCCUUAUGUAAUACCGGAGAUGGAUCCAACACUUCGAAAGCAGAUCCAAGAAUGCAAUUGGCAAGUUGUAAAUGUGACAACUCCUGCAAAUUAUUUUCACGUUUUGCGGCGUCAGAUACACAGGGAAUUCCGCAAGCCUCUCAUUGUGAUGUCCCCAAAGAACUUGCUUCGACACAAGGACUGCAAAUCUAAUCUGUCUGAAUUUGAUGAUGUCCAAGGCCAUCCAGGUUUUGACAAACAGGGGACCAGAUUUAAGCGUCUCAUAAAGGACCAGAAUGACCACUCAAAUCUUGAGGAGGGUAUCAGGCGCUUAAUUCUUUGUUCUGGGAAGGUUUAUUAUGAGCUCGACGAGGAGAGGAGGAAAACUGAUGGCAAGGACAUUGCAAUAUGUAGGGUGGAGCAACUAUGCCCCUUCCCGUACGACCUUAUCCAACGUGAGCUGAAGCGAUAUCCAAAUGCAGAGAUUGUUUGGUGCCAGGAAGAGCCAAUGAACAUGGGCGCAUAUCAUUACAUAGCACCGCGCCUUGGCACUGCAAUGAGAGCACUAGAGAGAGGCUGUUCGGGUGAUAUUAAAUAUGUUGGCCGGGCUCCUUCUGCUGCCACGGCCACUGGGUUCUACCAAAUGCAUGUUAAGGAGCAGACAGAACUGGUUCAGAAAGCCAUGCAGCAGGAACCUAUCAAUUAUCCAUUUUGAGGCUUUCCAUUGCUCAUAAAAAAGAUACGUAUUGCAUGAUUGAUGGUAAAUGGUAGGGCUGUCCACGGGUCGGGUUGGACCAACCCGACCCGACUUUUUUGGAUUACCAAAAUGUCCACCCGAGCCCAACCGAAACUCUCGUCGGGCUCCGACCGAAAUGCACUCGGAUUGAAUUUGUCGGGUUCGGUCGGGUAUCAGAUUUGAACAGAAAUCGUUCACUGAUUACAUACGAACCAGAAAUUAUUCACUGAUUACAUAAUACAGCUUGUCAAUGGUUUCUUUUGAUUCCUUGAAAACAAGAUCACGAACCAAA